UAGUAGGCGCAGUCGUACAGCUCCUAGCCCAGCCCCUGAUAGCUACCGAUUCGGCUCACUCAGAUGUUGUCGUUUGGGUCUUGAACAUCUCAAAAUUCUCGUCUUCCUUUGUCCCGUUUCUGGCUGCUUUUGGAUACCGUUUUAAAUUCCUGUUUGUACACGCCGCUGUGAUGAGUAUUCUGCAAAGCCUUGUGGGACGGCUGCUGGCCAUUCCCAUGCCCAUGCCCGCCCACACGGCGUCUGUGCUGAGCAGGACGCUCACCACCGAACAGAAGCUGAAAAUGCGGCAGAUGCGCCUGAAGCAGAAAAAAGCGUUCGUGCUGCCCUGCUACAUGGCCCUGCGGCGCACAGAGUACAAAUGCCCGCAAAGGAUCGUGGCGCCCGUGUGCGACGACGAUCCCUGUGGCCACGAGCCCCUGCCCCGGGACCUCACCAAAUACAAGCCGAGCGACAAGGCCAAGCGCAGGUAUCAGCGCAACUGGUCGGAGUGCUAUCCCGAGCCGCUGCCCUACGUGCGGAUGAAGAGGAUCUAUCCGAUGCGGGCGAGACGAUCCCGCGUCACGAUGUACAGGCCCCAGACGGCGUGCCAGCCGGAAGAACCGGCUACCGUAAGAGCCCGUGCCAAGCCAGAUCAGUUGAUGGACGUUCAGUCAUGCGUCAUGCCCUGCUGCAAGUUCUCUGCGCCCCACUGCAGACCUGCACGGAACCCUCCCUCGUGCGAAUUCUACUUACGGGCCUCGUGCUGCACCAAGCGAGCCACCAAGUACCCGAGCUUCUCGGAGUGUCGCAAGCAUCCGCUCCUGGAGCCGCUUCCGGUCUGUGAGUCCGCCAUGAAAUGCUCGAUCUGCGACAUGUGGGCCUACUGGCGGAGAAAGCACAGGGGCUGGUGAGCGCGAUGCGCCAGGGAAGCUCUGAGCCCGAACAACUGGCCUGGAUACCAAACGAAGGAAGAGGCGUAUUUUGGCAUAAUUUUAAAUAAAACCAUUUGGCAUGUCAUCUAUG